GCGCACUAUCACACAUGAUAAAGAGUUUGCAAAUUUGUGAAUAGAAAACGCACACAUUUGGUCGAUAAAAAUGUUGCGAAGGCGCAGUAUUUUCGCAGUAUUAUUUCUAAAUUUUGUGGUAUUCUUCUCACAGGUCUCUGUUAUGCCGAAUUCGGUGCGCGGGUGCCCCGCGCCGGAUCCGCGUAUAUUUACAGCUACGUGACAAUGGGCGAGUUCGUGGCGUUUCUCAUGGGUUGGACCCUGAUUCUAGAAUACGUGAUCGGUUCGGCCAGCGUGGUGCGCGCUCUCAGCACAUACGUCGACGUGCUCUUCAACGACAGCAUGAAAAACUCCUUCGAAUCGGUGAUGCCUAUCAAUGUUGACAGUCUGUCGUCAUAUCCGGAUUUUUUCGCACUCGCCGUCACUCUAAUAUUCUCAGCCGCUCUUGCUUUCGGAGCUAAGGAAUCCUCAAUGGCGAAUAAUAUAUUCACUCUGGUGAAUCUUUCUGUUGUACUUUUCGUCAUAAUUGCCGGUUCCUUCAAAGGUAAAUGCCCUUUUUAACUGAUCUUCUAUAAUAUCGAGUUAAUAAGUUAACUUGCUAACUAAUUAU